AUGAUGGUGAGUACAUUUGAAUCGUUACUUGUCGAUGUUAUUUUCGAAAUAUUUCCUUAUUUGUCUCCUGUUGAAAUUCUUCAAUCAUUUUUAUUAUUAAAUAAUUAUUUUUCAAGAAUAAUUAUGUAUGAAUAUUUGUGGCAUAUUCAUAUUGGUGGUAAUAGAAUGUCAUUAUCAAUGUUUAAUAAUUUAUGUCAAAAUGUAUUAAAACGAUUAGGACAUCGAGUUAUUUCAUUACGUAUUACUUUAACUAAUAUGAUUGGUGGAUGGUCACUUGUUUCAUCAUCUCUCAAUUAUCAUAAAAUAAUAUUACUUCGACGUCUUCAUUUAAUUAAUAUUAAACGACAUGAAUUUGAUAAAUUAUUGAAUAAUCGUUUAAUAAAACAAAUGCAUACUUUACUAGUCGAUGUAUCAGAUGAUAGUUCAUUUACGAACCAAGAAAAAAUAGAAGGAGCAUAUCUUGUUAAAAAGGUGUGUUCAUGUCUUCCUGACUUAACAAACUGUAGACUUCCAUUUGAUUAUUGUUUAAUAACUCGCAAAACAUUACCAACAUCUUCAGCAACAUCUUUGAUGACACUAUCAAAUUUAUUAAAUAUAAAUCAUCUUUAUUCAUUGGUUAUAGGCAUACAUGCAUUAGCCUUUCUAGAACAUUUAUUAAAAUGUAUACCUUUUAUUAAAAAUCUUUCUGUUGGUAUACAAGAUGAAGGAAUAAAUCAUAAGAAUAAUUUUGAUAUUCACAAGUGA